GAUUUCUAUUUAUUAAAAGAGACCCAAGACGACACGGGAUCGGGAGGAACUCGGCGAUCAAUGCAUUCAAUUACAUGUCACCACGUAAGCGAAUCUUUGGAUUCCAUAUGGUCCGCGAUUUAUUCAAUUGGGCCUCCACUCCUUAAGCGUUAAACCCGCCUAGUUCUACUUUGUAUGGUUGCCAAAACCCUUCCCUCUGCUCUAGUCUCGGCGUGGCUUGGCUACGCGUAUCUCUCUCUCGUUUUUUUGGGGGGAGGGAAACACUGAGAGAGAUAUGUUUUGGUUUUGGAGAAACAAUACCAAAAUAAGGCAUUGAUCAGAGCGGCCCACCGGACUAUUCUGACAUCUCCGGCCACCCUCCCAUUUCGCGCCGGGAGUUUCUCACAUUUUUCUUCUUUUCUUCAGGCUAGCACUUGUAGGUGAGAUUGAAAAUAUUCCUCCGCAGCAUUAUCAUACAAUGUGCUUCUAUGAAUAUGUUCUUUUUUCAUUUGUUUGUUUCAGUGUGAUUCUGAAUGCGAUUUGAUAAUUGUGUUUGUUUGAUCAUUGCGAGUUACAUUCAUAUUAAUAUGAAAAUGGACGGGGAUGUUCUACGUGCAUGGAGAUAGAUGCUUCUUUCUUGGUCAUUGUUCUGUUUGGUUGCUGAGAAAAUUGAGGAUAUUGAAAAUGAGUAUCCUAAAAGAAAAAAUAUACAUAUAUUAAGCGACAGGAAUCUACAAGCUGACUUGGUUUCUCAGCUCGACAUAAAGGAGAGAAGUUGAGGAACCUAACUAACACAAUUUCUUUGCACCAGGAAUGGAGAGUUUAAGGUCUCCAUUCAAGGGUAUAAUCAAGGAUUUGAGAGGAAGAACUGCGUGCUACAAGGAAGAUUGGAUCAGUGCAUUUCGUUCAGGCAUCAGCAUAUUGGCUCCAACUACCUAUAUCUUCUUUGCUUCUGCACUUCCCGUUAUUGCCUUUGGAGAGCAACUGAGUAGGAGUACAGAUGGAAGUCUGAGUACAGUAGAAGCGUUAGUUUCUACAGCUAUUUGCGGAAUAAUCCACUCAAUUAUUGGCGGCCAGCCACUGUUGAUAGUAGGAGUUGCUGAACCCACUAUUAUAAUGUAUACAUAUUUAUACAAGUUCAGCAAAGGAAGGGCUGAGUUGGGCCACAAAUUGUACUUGGCCUGGGCUGGUUGGGUUUGUGUUUGGACUGCACUCAUGCUUUUUCUGCUUGCAAUUUUUAAUGCCGCCAACAUCAUCGCUAAAUUUACAAGAAUUGCAGGGGAGCUUUUCGGCAUGUUGAUUACAGUUCUUUUCCUUCAAGAGGCUAUCAAAGGACUUGUUACUGAAUUUUAUGUUCCCAAACAUGAGAAUUCCCAGUUAGAGAAAUACCAAUUCCACUGGCUGUAUGUAAAUGGGUUGCUUGCAAUCAUUUUCUCUUUUGGUUUACUCGUCACUGCCCUUAAAACUAGAAAGGCAAGGUCAUGGCGGUACGGCACUGGGUGGCUCCGAAGUUUUAUUGCAGACUAUGGGGUUCCCCUAAUGGUCUUGUUAUGGACUCUGAUGUCUUAUAGUGUACCCAACAAAGUUCCUGCUGGAGUUCCCAGGAGACUAGAUUGUCCACUUCUUUGGGAUUCUGUAUCAGUUUAUCAUUGGACUGUAAUCAAGGAUAUGGGGAAGGUUCCAAUGGUUUACAUCUUUGCUGCAAUUGUGCCUGCCAUUAUGAUCGCAGGUCUAUACUUUUUCGACCACAGUGUAGCUUCGCAGAUGGCACAACAAAAGGAGUUCAAUCUCAAGAAUCCGUCAGCUUACCAUUAUGAUAUAUUGUUGCUCGGAUUCAUGACUUUAAUUUGUGGCUUGCUUGGACUCCCUCCUUCAAAUGGUGUUCUUCCCCAAUCACCCAUGCACACUAAGAACCUUGCAGUUCUAAAGAAGCAGUUGAUUCGAAAGAAGAUGGUAAAAAGUGCCAAAGAAUGCAUUGAGCGGAAAGCAAGCAACUCUGAAAUUUAUGGAAGGAUGCAGGCUGUGUUUAUAGAAAUGGACACAGCUCCACCUACUGCUUCAGUAGAUAAAGAGUUGGAGGACUUGAAAGUGGCUGUAAUGCAAUCUGAUGAUGGAGGUGUUGAAAAAGAAAAAUUUGAUCCUGAUAAACACAUUGAUGCUUACUUGCCCGUAAGAGUUAAUGAGCAGAGAAUGAGCAACCUUUUACAAUCAUUGCUAGUUGGAAUAUCAACAUGUGCUCUGCCUAUAAUAAAGAAAAUACCUACAUCAGUUCUUUGGGGUUACUUUGCCUACAUGGCCAUUGAUAGUCUCCCAGGAAAUCAGUUUUGGGGAAGGAUUUUACUGCUGUUCGUUCCCCCAAAUCGACGUUACAAAGUUUUGGAAGGUGUUCAUGCUUCAUUCGUUGAGUUGGUGCCAUUCAAGAACAUUGCUAUAUUUACACUUUUCCAAUUUGCAUACUUUUUUAUUUGUUUUGGGGUGACAUGGAUACCCAUAGGCGGAGUGUUGUUCCCACUACCAUUCUUCCUUCUCGUUGGCAUAAGGCACUUGAUCUUUCCUAAGCUGUUCCAUCCUAGUUAUCUUCAAGAACUGGAUGCAGCUGAGUAUGAAGAAGUUGCUGGUACUCCAAAAGGAAGUCGUAAUCUUAUGUUCAGGGAGAGAGAUCCGGCCAAUAUGAGGAAUGAACCAACUGAAGAAGAUGAUUUCUUUGAUGUACUGGACGAAAUGACUACCCACAGAGGCGAGCUGAGGCAUAGAACUGUAAACGUCAAGGAAGAUAAAUUAUACCAGGUCCAUCCACAGGCUGAUAAUGGACGAAGACAAUGAGGCGACAACAAUUAGGAUAUGGAAACAGCUCAUUGAAUUGAAGAUGGUCACAUAAUCCUCUGCAUGAGCAGAGGCAAAUUGGGAGUGAAAUAAGAAGAUCCUAGCUACAAGGAAACACUGAAGCAUAUAGUCACAACAUAUACUUUCAUACAGUACUGGAGGAGAUCAUAUGGAAGAGAGCUGGGAAAAUAAGGCAAAAGCAAGCAGCCAUUAAUUUCUAAAGACAAGGGGAGACAUGGAAGAACUCCUAAAAUUUUGUCAAGCUUUUUAAGUAGGUAAAAGAGCAUUAGGUGAUUGACAGAUUACUGUAAUUUCAAUCCUUUGCUCAAAAUUUUCCCUAACAUUUGGAAGAAAGAAUCAGGUGGGGACGAGGAAGAGGACAUGAGAAAUUAAUAGAGAUGAGAAACAAGAUUCAUACUUGGGAGAGAAAAAAGAAAUAAUUUCUUUUCAUUUAUUGCGUUUGUUGGUAUACUUUCAAUUAGUCCUGCCCACCGCUCAAUUUUUAAUGUAACCGCUGGUU